UCGACGGGGCGAUGGCGACUUUCAUAGACGUCAACCUCGUUAAAUAUAUCUGUGGAUGUGGAAAAAAGAAACCAGUUUGCAAGCUGUAUUUAUGCAGACACUGUCUUAAAAUAAGAUGUGGAGACUGUGUUCUACACGAGGUGGAUACACCAUACUGCCCAAAUUGUUUGGAGAACAUGCCUGCAGCUGAAGCUAAACUGAAAAGGAAUAGGUGCAGUAAUUGUUUUGAUUGUCCUAACUGUGGCCAUACUCUGACAACAAGAGCCACUAGUCAUGCUGUUUCUAACCCAGAAGAUCCUAACAAGUCUACACCAAAGAAGAUGUUUUAUAUGGCGUGUGGAUUUUGUAGAUGGACUACAAGAGAUGUGGGAAUUGCUGAUAAACCUGCUGCAAGUGGAAAUUGGGAAGACAAAGAUAAUCCACAUCAAAAGAGGAUCUUGUCCUUAUUAGAAACAUACCAACAAAUUGCCCAGAAGGAAAAAGCUGAAAAAGAAAGGAAGAAAUAUGUGAGAAGGAGGAGUUAUCUUACAUAUGCUGCUGGUAUGGAUAAAUAUGGAAUGGUUUCUGUAGCAGCCAAGAGGAAAGGAUUGUUGGCAUCUCCUAGUACUGGUGGGUCAAAAGAUGAAGACACUGUUAUCUCCCCUGUGGAACCAUCUGACACGGUUACAACCUUUGAACCAUUACAAGAUGAGAUAUUUACACAGGAGUUGCAUUUAGAAAAUAUGGCUGGUAUGAGUCAAAGACAUGCCCCGCCAGAGUUCCAGCCUUGUGAGAUGACAGAUUUACAUCCUCUGCAUAAACAUUUGCUGAUUAGGAGAUCACUUAGAUGUAAACAAUGUGAACACAACCUAAGCAAGCCAGAGUUUAACCCUAUUUCCAUUAAGUUUAAGAUACAGUUGAUUGCAAUGAGCCACAUACCAGAGAUAAGGAUAUUUACAUCUCCUGAGUUGAAUUUUGAUAAGGAAUGUAAAGUGAUAUUGACCGUAUGUAACCCAACAUCUUACAACACAAAUAUAAAUUUGACAACACUAGAAGGUGACACACAGGAUGACUUCAGCAAUUCUAAGAUAACUUUACCAAAAGAUACUAUAGUUGUGAGUCGUCGUGACGAUGCUGCUCUGUAUGAUGUUGGUAGUCAGGAACAGGAAGCUCAGAAAGAUGAUCCAAGUGUAAUUGUUUUUAGAAAAGCAAACAAAGUAGGAUUUUAUGUCAAAGUCAAACCACAAGUUAAAGAUGGGGAUAUACAGGUAAGCUUCAUGAUGAAACAUGAUUACCACAACACUGCCAUAGCUCUGACCAGUGAGAACCAAGAACCACAAGUUGUCUGGCUCGAGCAAAAAGUCUUUGUUAAUUUAGGUCCAUUGAAGACACAGAAAUAGUGGAUACAUAACUAUUAUUUACAAUAAAGAUUAAAGAAAAAUCCUAUGGAGACACUGAAAUUGGGAGAUGGUCAUUUAGAACAAAUCUUUAUUUUCAUGAUAUGGAAGACAUUGGGAAAAGGGGGAAUAAUAAUAAAGCCAACAAGGAGCAUAAAAAGGUUUUGUUCAAAUUCCACUGACAGCACAGCAGGAUGUCAUUAAUGUUACAGACUGAAACAUUUGAUUAAUCAGGAGGGCACCUCCACCCUUAUGAAAAUUUAGAUCAGAGAUAAUGUUUUGUGUCUGGUGGAAAAAUUAUGUCAAUGGAAUGUAUGUAACUAAUUUAAAAAUCAUUUUUUCCUAACAAAAAAUAUUAAGCAUUAUUUCAUAGUGAGCUUAUAUUGGAAUCAAUGCAGUUUUAAUAAGAAAUAUGAAGCUUAAAAGGUUCAUGAAAAUGUAUUUAACUAGAUUUAUAAUUAUUAUAUAAGAAAUAAAUGACAGAUCAGUGUCUUGGAUGUUUGACAGAUUUAUUUAAGAAUAAACAAGAUGAGACAAAUGUGGGGUUACUGUAGUUUUAGCUUUCCUUUUACCAUUCUGUAGCUUGGUAUGUUAUACUCCAUAUGAAAUAUUGGUGCAAUAUUGUGAUCAAGUAGUACUUUGUUGUAUAUCAUCAAUUGUUCUAAGCUUUAUCAUCAAUUUUAUAUUUUUUACUCCACAUCAAAAGUGAUAGAGUGUAAUUAAGAAUAAGGUAAAAUUCUGAUUAAUUGAUUGUUGGUUGCCUAACGUCCAGUGGCAAAAGGUAAAAUUCUGAAGAACAAAAUUUUUAAAUCAUGUUUUUUGAUAUUUAAAGCAACUGUUUGUUAGAAUUUAAAUAUAUAUCAAAAAGAUUUUUGUAUUUGGCUGAAAAUGGAGGUUAUUAAAAAAAAUCAUUUUCCUGUCUAAUGAAUAAAUACUGCUUUCAUUUAAAGAUCUAUGUAAUUGUUAAUCAUCUAUGUAUUGUAAAUCCAAUGUGUUAAUACCAUGUCUGAAAAGUGUGCUAAAUAUCUGGCUGAUGUGAUUACCAUCUAUCUAUAUUAAAAUUUUAAAUUUAGCCAUCAAGGUCUUCUCAAGAAAUACUUUUUUGGAUAGAUAGGUUGUUGUUUUAGAUUCUCUUGGUCUAAAAGCAAUGGGAACAUUUGAAGAAAAACAUUUACCUGAGUAUAUUAACUUUAAACUUUUGUGAUUAAAUUUUAUGGAUUAUAAGGUUCAUUAAACAUAGUAUUAAAUUCCAGCUUCUAUUCAUUACUUACCUAUAUAAUCAUUUAAUCUGAAAUAUCUUAUUAAAUUAUCAGCCAUAUUCUUAAAUGUUGUUGCGGUUGAUAUUUACUGAAGUGAUCAAUGUUAUUGUAUGGUGAUAUCCUGUUUAUUAAGAAAGGAGUAUCCUCAAAAGUUAAAGAUCUUGUUUACAACAUUAAAUGUUUACCCACUGGUACCCACUUUUCUAUUGGUUGAAUUUGAUUUGUGGAUCCACUCUUAAAGCAGUGUUCUUCCCAGGAUUUUUUGAUAGGGCUGUGGUAAGUGCGUGAUUUUCGACAAUUCUCAGUAACUUUGUCACAGCGCGCGGUUCGUUUGUAAUGGGUUUGUUUUGAUGUUUUUAUACAGUGUACUAUUAACCUUACGAUGUUUGACAGGAGUUGACAUUACGGAACAUUAUGAUUUCUUACUUUCUCAUUUUUCUGAUCACCAUUUACAUUCGUAUGGCUUCACCCAAGUUGGACAUCGUGAAAAGUGAAUUUUUCAAGUCUAGUAUCGGCUUGGGGUUUGUUUUUCUAAUCAUAGCCUCCUAAUCGUUUUCAAAUGGAAAAAUGCAUUACUGUAGUAUUGCUGAUUAAACAAUUAUUAGUUCGAUUAGGUGAUAAUUAAUAAUUCAAAGACUUGCACAUUGAAAAUUUGAUCGUUGUUUAAAAUUUAAACAAAGUUCUUGUCGGUAAAUGCGGUCACUUUACUUCAUCUUGUUCCAUUUAUAUUUGCUUCUUUAUAUUCUUUUUUAUUCAAAAAAUGGAUGAUACUGUUGAUUUCUUCGUUUAUUUUGAUUUUCAAAGGCGCCAUUUUGUAAAAUUUAUUAAACUGGUCCCACGAAGUUACUUUAUACAACGCAAAUAACACAUUCAGAAAUAGUAAACCAGACGAUCACGUGAUCGAAGUAAAAGAUGAGUGGGAAAUUUGAAAAAAAAAAAAAAAAUCGAAAAAAAUAUAGAGACGCGAUUGAUUUAGAUAGAGCUGCGCUCAGUUCAAUAAAACAGCGGAAAAUUGCAAUAGCGCUGAAUGCCGAAGCGCUAAAAUGGCCUGGGAAGACUGUAAAGAAGUGAUUAUAAAUGAAAUGAAAACUCGAUAUUGUUUCCAAUUUUUAGGGAAAAAGGUACUUUACAUAUGUAAUAUGUUAAUUAAAUUAUAUGAAAACUUUUAUUACAUUUUCCAUUUUUUGGGGAAAAAGGUACUUCUCAUCUAGUAAACCUAUCAUUUAAUUAGAUUAUUUGCUGCUUUUAUGUUAUUAGUGUAUAUUGGUGAAUGUAUGAGAUUGUAUAAAUAUUUAACUUAAAAAUGGUUGUUUGCUUGUAUUAUUGAAAAUAAAAGUGGUAUAUUCCAAAUCUUC